AUGAUGGCGCCUUCUCACCUGCUCGAGAUCCCCAGGCCCAAGACGUUCCUCCAGAAGAUGUCGCUCCGCACAGGCGCCGAAGUCAUCACCUUCCUACAGGUCAUCAACAAGGCGUCCGGCGUCUACGGUCUCCUCGCGCUGCUUACGGGAGCGAAAAUCGACGGCUGGCAGCUGUCCAUGUACCUCUACUCGACCUUUGCGCUCGUCGCUACCACAUUCCUGUACAAGCACAUCCGGUUACAAAGUCCCUUUGAGUCGGUCCUCCUGGCGCAUCUCUAUGCGCUCGACUCGGUCAUCAACGCCCUGUACACAGCCUUCUUUGGCAUCGCAUGGUUCUAUACACUCGCCGCACACCCCGAUGAGAACGCCGGACUGUCGCCCGGCAUGAAGGACAACGCGGGCUUCACAAGCCCCAAGCACAACGUCACGCAGGUUGACAUCAUCGCCGAGCCGACCGAGGGCAUGCAAGCCGGCCAACACGCCGUAGCAGUCGGACAGGGCGCAGAUGGUGGCGCGGGACUCGGCAACGCCGUCUUCCAGAGCGGAAGCAUCAUGUCCAUCUCCCUCAUCUCCGGCUUCUGGGCCCUUCGCGUCUACUUUGUCUUCAUCAUGCUGGCCUUCGCCCGCCAGUGCCUCCGCCAACACAUCGCUGCCAACGCCUCCUCCGCUGCAUGGUACAACUCGAACAACAUGCAAACAUCCGCCACUGACCUCGCAGAGAACCCCUUCGCAGAGGGCAAAGAAGAGGGCAGCGGCUGGAAGGGCAAACUGGGCCGCGUCAUGCUCAGCGGCUCCCCCAAGUACUGGCUCGGUGCUGAUGCCGGCGAGGGCGAGGACUGGAUGCGCAAUCUGGGUGGCAGAUUCAAGAAGACCACACAGCUGGACCAACCUGUUGGCUUCAACGAGCGUGAGCGCAGGCGGAGAGCUGGAACCGGCCCUCCCGUACCGCAGCUCAAGCUGAACCCGGAGUUGCCCAAGUAG